AUGGCCGAACAAAACACUGAACUCACAAACCUCGAACUGGAAGCUGGGUCAGAGUGGAGGUUUGAGUUGGAAGGAGAUGAGAAUAUGGCUGUCAGGACUCUCUCUCAAGGAUCCGUCCUGAUCAACUCUGAAGAGAUCAACCCCACCACUUGGUACCCCAUCCACCGCUACACCAAAGCCGCCAUAUACGCCCCCUCCCCCGCCCGCCUUCAAGUCGCCAACAUGCCCGCCUCCCAAUACACAUCAUCUCCUACCAACCAGCCCCAGCUUAUCAAUAUCCACCUGGCCUUGGAGAGAGAACGGAUACUGGCCAAGCGCGGGCAGGGGAGUGCGCCGCGGGUAAUGGUUAUCGGACAGGCGAAUGCGGGCAAGACGACGGUGGUGAAGAAUUUGGUCAAUAUGGCGCUUGGCAGUGGACUUGGGUGGACGCCUGGUGUGGUUGGUUUGGAUCCUGCAAGUCCCCCGAACCUGAUUCCGGGCAGUAUCUCUCUGUCCACCCCUUCACACACUCUCCCAACGCACCAUAUCGCCCAUCCCCUCGGCGCGCCCUCGACCUCUACAGCAGGAAACACUCUGUCUGGGAAUGUCGAGACGCUUGCUUGGUGGUUGGGGACGAACGAGCCUACGAGCAAGAACCUGGAAGUUUGGAAGCUGUUGGUGCGGAAUCUGGCCGAUGCUUGGGAGAAGCGAUGCCAACAGGACAAGAAUGCCGCCGUCUCGGGCCUCUUCGUCGACACUUCCAGCGCUUUCACCGUCCCCUCUCUGAGCAAGAAGAAAGACGACCACACCCCUCCAUACUCUCUCGUCACCGACGCCGUCCAAGCCCUCGAUAUCGACACCAUCCUCAUCAUCGGCAACGAAAAGCUCCAAAUCGGCAUCUCCCGUCUCCCCCUCCUCCAAGCCCGGGGCACCACCGUCAUCCGUCUCCCCAAAUCCGACGGCGCUGUCGACCUCGACGAUGCCUACCGCUCUCUCGCGCAUAGCUUCAUCGUGAGGACGUACUUUUACGGCGAACCGCCGUUGCCGCCGCAGAUCUCGAGUUUGGUGGGCAAGAUGGUCGGGCUGGAUAGCGAGUUAACGCCGUAUUCGUUCCAGAUUCCGUGGUACCGGCUUUCUGUGAUGAGGGUUGGGGAGGAGAAUACGGCGCCUUCUAGUGCGCUGCCUCUGGGGUCUUCGAAGGUUGUUUCGCCGACGAGACUUGUCAAAGUUGACCCGAGCGGUCCGGGGCAUGUGGUGAGGCUUCUGAAUACCGUCCUGGCGCUGGUCCAAGUCAAGAAGGAGGACUGGUUGAACCCGGAAGAGAUGAAGGAGGAGAAAGAAGAGCACGAUGGCGAGGGGGCUGAGGGGACGGAAGGAGAGGUGAAGGAGGAAGAGCAGGAGGAUGAGGAUGAUGAAGUGCCGUACAAGGAAGAGAUUGGGACGAGGGAGGUUUUGGGGUUCAUCGUCAUUACUGCUAUUGACACUGUGAAGAAAAAGUAUACAGUCCUCUCCCCAAGCCCUGGCAAGCUUCCCUCUACUGUCGCUAUCGCAGGUCACAUCGAGUGGGUCGACUCGGCGUAA